CCUGGCCCUUCCCCGCUUUCCUCCUUCCCUCAGCUACCUCUGUUGCUUGAGGCGCUCCAGCUCCCGGAGGAGCUCCCGGCUCGGUGAUGGGGUCUCGGGCCUCCACGUUACUGCGGGACGAAGAGCUUGAAGAAAUCAAGAAGGAGACUGGCUUUUCCCACAGUCAGAUCACUCGUCUCUACAGCCGGUUCACCAGCCUGGACAAAGGAGAAAAUGGGACUCUCAGCCGGGAAGAUUUCCAGCGGAUUCCAGAACUUGCCAUCAACCCACUGGGGGACCGGAUCAUUAAUGCCUUCUUUCCAGAAGGAGAGGACCAGGUUAACUUCCGUGGAUUCAUGAGAACUUUGGCUCAUUUCCGACCCAUUGAAGAUAAUGAAAAGAGUAAAGAUGUGAAUGGACCAGAACCACUCAACAGCCGAAGCAACAAACUGCACUUUGCUUUUCGACUAUAUGAUCUGGAUAAGGAUGACAAGAUCUCCCGUGAUGAGCUGUUACAGGUGCUACGCAUGAUGGUUGGAGUGAAUAUCUCAGAUGAACAGCUGGGCAGCAUUGCAGACAGGACCAUCCAGGAGGCCGAUCAAGAUGGGGACAGCGCCAUAUCUUUCACAGAAUUUGUUAAGGUUUUGGAGAAGGUGGACGUAGAACAGAAAAUGAGCAUCCGAUUUCUUCACUGAAGGACUGAGACUAAACUGUUCCUUGCUUUCUAGUAUUUAAGAACUGGAACUUGGGAGUCCUCCUGUCCACCAGCCCCACCUCCACCCCAUCAUUCACCUUCUCCCAAAGUACUACUGCUGUUGCAUGACAACCCCCAAUAUGUUCUGCCAGCAUAAACCUGCCUUUGGUGUAUAAACAGGGCAUUACAGAAUGGUACACCCGGUCUAUGUUUGUUCCGUAUCAUUCGCCGGUUAUCUCCCUUUCCCAAUAUUCUCCGCCCCCC